UCUUGGUUCCGUCUUGACUGUGGCUGUUGGCAGAGUUUUUGUUCAGCCGCGAGCGAGUCCUUGUGGCAAUUGUAAGAAAGCGUAGGAGUGACGCCAUGUUGUGAAAAGUGUCUACCAUUUUUAUUUGCCGUCGUCAAAUACAAAGAACACACACACACACACACACACACACAAAAAGCAAAUACUAACUGCAACGCAAAAGCAUUAAAAAGCCCAAAUACAACAAGGAGCAAAGUGCAACUUUUUUUCACACCACCCAGCGACAGAGACGUCCAAAAAAAGAGGAGCUGUCGCGUCCAUUGAUUUGUUUGUUGCCGCACUUCUAAGGCAGCUGUCGCCAUGGCCGGCCAAUUUGUUGAAGCUGUUGCCAUCCUGGGCCUGCUCGGCUGCAUUGUCCUGGCGACGCCCCAGCGAGGCGCCUACUCGCUGCAGGCGGCCGUCGAUGAGCUGCAUCGCCGCGAGGCUGCCAAGUAUCCAUUAAACGCGCCGCCCCCCUCGGCACGCUUUGCUGCGGAUCAACUGGACGAUUGGGACGAAGAUAGCGAUUUAUUUGGCACCGGCACCGGCAACAAGUAUAAGAAUCGGAAUCGCCAUAGAAUAAAUAAAGCACUUGCCAAGUAUUUAGAGCGCGAGAACGAGAGCUACGAGCCGGGCCUAGGCGCCCCCUACGAUGGCUACGAGUUCGACGAUGAGCGCGAGCAGCAAACGAAUCCCAGCAAUCUGUUUGUGGACGAGAAGCGAAAGCGCUCCUCCUCGCCCUUUAGGGAACGCGACGAGCAGCAAUACGAGAGUGGUCCGUCCGUGUUCCGUGAGCGUGAGAAUCUAGGCGGGAACGCAGUUGCCGCCGGCGGCGAUCCGUCGCACAGCGAGCUAACCGAACAGUUUCUGCGCGAGAUCGAGGAGGCCGGCGAGCACGAUCGUCAGGAACGUUACAAGGCAGCGCUGCGUCAGCUCUGGGAGAAGUAUCAGCAGCAGGAGAACGAGCUGCACGGCAAGGUUCAGGAUGAGGAGCUCGAGGAGCAGCAGCUAUUCGAGCAAAAGAAACGCAUGCGCGUGCCGCCCUACUAUCUACUCAUGCAGAAGAAGCGCUCGUAUCCGGUGCUGCCUUGGCUGCCGUACAAUGCGGACAAGAAGAAACGCUUCCCGGUGGCCAAGCGUGCGGCGGGCGAGUCACCGCUGGGCAAGACCGACGAGCGUGUCGCCCAGGAACUGAGCGAGCUAUUUGGCAGGCCACUUGACCAGCAGCAGCAGCAGCAGCAGCUGUCGGAGGAGAAGAAGAAACGCUCCACCGAGGAGCAGCUGAAGGCGGCGCCCACCACGUUGCUGCCGGAGACAGCGGCUACGGCCACGGCUCUGGGCGAUAUGCGGCUGGAGAUCAACUUUCAGCGCGUGAACGUCAGCAAUGGAUUGGCCAAGGAGCCGCCGCCGGCACAGCCAGCGGCACCGGCACAGCCCGCAAAGCCAGCCGGCACAGGUGAGAUGGUCGUGCAUGGACAUGCGGGACAUCAUCGCAAGCGCAGUGAGCAUCACUCGGACGAGGAGUACGGCGAGCACGAUGAGCACGAGGGCGAGGGCGAGGGCGAGGAGAGCUCCGACGAGGACGAUCACGACGAAUUCGACGAGGAGGAGGAGGGCGAGGCCGACGGCGAGGGCGAUGCUGCAGAUGCUAACGAGCGACGCCGCAAAAAGAAACGUGCGGCCAGCGCCAAGCAUAUGCAUGGUCCCGGCGUUGGGCAUCUGAUGCUGCGCGCGAAGAAGUCCAUCGAUUGGUCCCAAUACUUUGGACUCGAUCGCAAGAAGAAGUCGGAUCAGAUGUCCGAAGGCGAGUCGAAGAAGCGACGCGAUGAAAUCGGCAACAACAUUAACAGUGAAGGACCGGAUGGGGAGGCGCACAAGAAGAAGCGCGACAUUGAUCCCGAGAAGUUGGAGAGCAUGGACAAAAAACUACAGUCCAUUGAGGAUUUCAUUAUUGAUGAAACCAUCAAGUACACUGGUGCCCACGAGGGCAUCAAGAAUCAGGACGAGAUACGCAAGCUAAAGGAGCAUGUGCUAUCGCGUCUGGCCACCGCCUACAGUCUGGAGAAGAUGCGCCGUGCGCUGGACAAGCUGCGUCAGUCCGUCGACGCUGAGAAUCAUCUGUUGCGCAAUGUUAUCGAUUCCGAUUCGGAGGAGAACACGCUGGACAAUAAUUGGACAAACAAGAAGCGCUACAGUGUACGCAAGGAGCUGGCCGAGGAGCAGUCGGAGGAGCCCCAGCAGCAGCUGAAGAAGAAGCGCAGCGGCUAUAUGCGCUAUCCGGAGCAGCCGAACACCAUGGACGAGGCACUUACCAUGCAGGGCACACCCUACGAGACGCUCAACGACGCCUAUCUGGGCAACAAGAACUACAUCAUUGGCUCCAAUCAGUGCCCAAUUAUCGAGUCCAUGGCCGAGCGUUGCCGCAGCGUUGACCUAAUCUCCGGCGACUUAAACCAAGAGCUAAUGCCCCUCUGUGGCGUCCAUCAGAUCUGUUAUCUCUGUGGCGCCUCGCAGGUGGCCUGCGACUACCAGUACCUGGCCGAGGCGGACACCAUCUGCGGCAGCAGCAACGAGUGCCAGGCGGCGGCACGGUCCGUGCUCAUGAUAUUGCGCGGCACGCCCGGCCGUCAGCUGGGACCGCGCGAGUGCUUGAAGAAUCCCUGCCUGUACAGGGCCAUGCGGGAGAUUGGGCUCUAAGCGAGCCAAAAGUUUAACUAAAAGCCAAAAAUUCAAAACAUUUCUUAACGUCCUUUUGUGUGCGUUUCAAAAGAAAACAACAAAAA